AUGCCUCCUCCACCGCCGCCUCCGGAUCCUCCACCUCCUCCUGAUCCACCUGAUCCACCACCGCCGAAGCCUCCCCCUCCUCCUCCUCCAGUGCAACAGACGCCUCCACCGCCGCCUCCGGAUCCGCCGCCUCCGGAUCCUCCACCUCCACCUGAUCCACCUGAUCCACCACCUCCGAAGCCUCCUCCUCCUCCUCCUCCUCCAGUAAGGAAGCCGCUGCUACUGCUGCUGAAGCCCGACCCUUUUCCGAAGACCCCGCUGCUGCUGCCGCUGAAGCUUGACCCGCUGCCGAGGACGCUGCUGCCGCUGUUGCUGAAGCUCGAGCCGAAACCUCCUCCGCCGCUUCCUCCUCCACCCAAGCCUCCGCUUCCUCCGCCUCCGAAACAACUUUCCACCCAGCUUAAAGGCGAGGCCUCGUCCGCCUCCGAAACGUCUGCCGUAUCCGCGGCCACGGCCUCCGCCUCCGCCGCCGCCCCCGCAGCAGACGCCGCCCGGACGCGCCUCGGGAAGCGCCGUCAGGCACGUCAGCAUCACCAGGAGCACCGGCGCCUGGAGAAGAAAUUAUACCUCGCACUGGUGGCACUGUCGUGCCUGGCGAUGGCGUUUCCCGAGGCGCGUCCGGGCGGCGUCUGCUGCGGGGGCGGAGGCGGAGGCGGAGGCCGUGGCCGCGGCUACGGCAGACGUUUCGGAGGCGGACGAGGCCUCGCCUUUAAGCUGGGCGGAAAGUUGUCCGUCAAAGGAUUCGGAGGAGGCGGCUCCGGAUCUACAUCAGAUAGCUUUUGUAUUGCGACAGAUCUUACGUGCGUGACUGUACUUAUGGUUAUGUCAAGCUGA